UGUGAUAUUCAACUUAAUAUAGUUAGCGCAUAGUUGGCGCCUUAUUAGAGGAGUGAGAGACUGAGAGGUUUCACGUGUACACCGUGUACAUACCGCGACCGUGGUACAUAUAUAACGCAUGUGUUUAUGCAUAUAAAAUAGGUUAUAGCAGGUUACAGUAUAGUUCUGAGUUUCUAAGAAAAAAGUUUCGUUUGGAUCUAAUUAAAACUAAUUAAAACUGCGUAGACAAAUAUGAAAGCAGUAACACGUCUCGUUUUAAACCUCAGUGCUGCGACUAGCAUAGGUUUGACGGGCUGGUACGUUGGUAAAUAUACAGAACAGAAACGACAUUUGAAUGCAGAAAUAAGAGAUAGCGGAACAAGUGUUUUCGGAAAUAUACAAAUUAAAGAAAUGCCUGGCUUGCCUUUAUUUGGUACUGUUUCUGCAGCCAGUGCAUUUGUUCCCGCAGAGUCUGAAGUAAAUAUGGGUUCAAAAUUGUCGUCAACAGCUACAAGAGUAUCUGAGAUUAUGAAAUACGGUUUCCCUGGAUUAGAUCAUGUAAGAUCUUACGAGGAUUUUGUUCUCUCUUAUGACAGAAGAAACAGAGUAGCUCAUUGGGUAUUUGAACAUUUAAAUAAAGAUAGAUUACAAUUCAAUAAGGAAGUGUCGCGUAGUAAAUGUGAAUUUAAACCUGAUACAAGUAUACACCCAUUCUUUAGAGCAGAUAACAGUGACUAUAAAGGCAGCGGAUAUGACCGUGGACAUUUAGCAGCAGCUGGAAAUCAUAAGUACGAACAAACACACAUGGAGCAAACAUUCUUUUUAACGAAUAUGGCACCUCAAGUUGGUAGAGGUUUUAAUAGGGAUUCAUGGAAUAGAUUAGAAAAAUAUGUUAGACAUUUAACUAGGACAUAUAAGGAAGUAUAUGUUUGUACUGGUCCUCUAUAUUUGCCAAAAAUAGAGGCUGAUGGGAAAAAGUAUGUUCGAUAUGAAGUUAUUGGUGCAAACCACGUAUCAGUACCAACACAUUUUUAUAAAAUAGUUGUUGGUGAAACAUAUGAUUCAAAAUUAGAAAUGGAAGCAUUCGUAAUGCCAAAUGCACCUAUAGAUGACGAUACACCAUUAGUAAACUUUCAGGUACCACCAGAGAGUAUAGAACGAGCUGCUGGUCUUUUAUUUUUUGAUAAGAUCUCACGUGAGAAACUAAGCAAAGUAAAUGGAAAGAAAGUUUAACAUAAAUUUAGGUGAGAAAAUGAGUAAGUGGAAUUCUCAACUUUUAUAAAAUGCACGUAGGAUAUACAAAGUAUGUAAAAUUAUUCUGUCUAGUCAAAUUAUUUUAUAAAUUUUA